CGCGUUUACUCCUUUUUUACUUCGAUAGUUCUUCGUUGUGUGAAACGAGAGAAAAUUCUAGGGUUUUGUUUUCGUUCCUAUUUUCUUUUUCUUCUCUUCCGGGGAUUUCGUGGUCGGUUUCGUCGUAGAAAAGAUCUUCGAGGUUCGUCGGAUUUGCUCGGAUCUAUUUUGAAUUUUCUACUUUUUUUUUUAUAUUCCGGUGGAGAAGAACCUGACGAUGAAUUCUGGCGGAUCAUUUAUGGAUUUGGGCUUCGGGUUUUGACAAAUUUGAGAGGUAAUCUGGUUUAGGGUUUGGAGGAGACGGAACAGAGAAUACGGUAUGAUUUCUGCCUGGAAUGAUCUCUUUUUUGGAGAUUGACUUUGUUGUCUGCCUGGAUUUGAAAACCUCCUGGUUUAGUUGGUUUUCUAGUAAGACUUUCGUUGUUUGAGCUUUGGGUUUGUGAACUUUGACGGUUUGAUUGGAGGCCUUUGAAUGGUUUGAGCUUGGUUUCCAUUUAGUGCCCAAAAGUUUGAGUUUUGUGUGUUGGGGAGAAGGAUUGAGUGGUACUGGCGAUUGGAUUGUUGUGGAGAUGGAUAACUCAAAUUUUUCCAAGAGUAGGCAUACUGAACAUCUGGGGGUGAACAAGCUGGGGAAGAACAUUAAGAAGAGCCCUAUGCACCAACCGAAUUUUGCAAACCCUAAGCAACAACCUCAGCCACAGGUUUACAAUAUCAGCAAGAAUGAUUUCCGGAGUAUUGUUCAGCAGUUGACGGGUUCACCCUCUCAAGACCCUUUGCCUCGCCCCCCACAGAAUCCGCCAAAACCCCCGAGUAUGCGUUUGCAGAAGAUCCGUCCACCUCCAUUGACGCCAAUUAACCGACCCCAGAUCCCUCCUCCUGCACCGGCUCCUCCUCCCCCUUUCAACAACAAUUUUGUCAGACCCGGUCAGCUUGGUCAACCGUUGGCAUCGCCCUUACCUAUGCCGACACCACCACCGUUUACUCCUGGCGACUCGAUUUGGUCCAACACGGCGGAGUCUCCAAUCUCGGCUUACAUGCGGUACCUUCAGAAUUCUAUCAUUGAUUCGGGUCCAAGACAAAGCCCAGUCCAACCUCGUGCUGCGCCCCAACCUCAAGUUCAAGCUCCGGUUCAAGCACAAGGUCAAGCUCAGGCAUUCUCAUCAGGCUUACUUCCUACCCCUCCGCCACCUGCGUUCCCUUCGCCACGGGCAAAUGGUCCUGCCCUUUUGCCUUCUCCAACUUCUCCAUUUCCCUUGCCAUCUCCAAGCUCAUUCUUGAAUCUUUUGUCCCCUCGCUCCCCCUAUCCUUUGCCUUACCCUGGGUUUCAGUACCCUAUCUCACCCAACUUCUCUUUCUCACCACUUGCUCAAUCAGGGAUUUUGGGUCCUGGGCCACAACCCCCACUUUCCCCGGGUUUUUUCCCACCUUCUCCUUCGGGAUUCUUCCCUAUUUCAAGUCCUAGAUGGAGGAAUCUAUAGUCUUCCAUGAACACAUGUCUGUCAGCUAGUGAAAAAGUAACAUGCCUAAUGGCAUUCACUGUCGUUCUUCUGAAUAUUGUUGACUCAGCUCCUAGUAGAUUGGAGCUGUGCUGUAACGUAUACUAGUGCAAGGGUCUUGAGAAAUUUCUAUCCCUUGCUUCUGUUUUUUAUUGCUUGUUUGAGUCUGGGCCCUGUAGCAGUUACAAUCUGUUCUGUUUUGUGGAAAUGUUAUUUUAGCUGUGCUGAUGUGGAGAUUCAACCCUAUUGGAUAGAGCUGUAACAGAAAGGAGGUAGGAUCACAGAUGCCUAGAUUUACUCUGUAGAAUCUCUGGUAGAUGAAUUCUUGUAGUCUAUUAAUUAGUUCUUUUUAGUUUGGAAACUUACAGUUAUUUGUUCAAUAUGACCAAGGAGUUUAUCUUUUGAUCUUA